GGCGCCGGCGGGCACAGCCGGCGGGCAAGCGCCGCCGUCGGACAGAGCCGGGGCCGAGGCUGGGCGCCCGUCCGCAGCGCGCCGCAGGCAUGACGGGGCCGAGGAGUUCCCUGCGGGCGCGGGAGCCGGAGCGGCCCCGCUCGCCUGCCGCAGGCAGUGAUCAAGUUCAUCUGUGGACACUAGUUACAAACCAAGCCUUGCAUGUUGCGUGGAGGAUAGCGAGGGGCUCUGUGACCCUGGCCGUGUCCUUUCUGGCGGCGACGCUGUGCUAUUUCCGGAGGCUCCAUUUGCACCUAGGGUACCGGCUCAAGUGGUGGAUUGGAUAUCUGCAGAGAAAAUUCAAAAGAAACCUCAGCGUGGAGGCUGAAGUUGACUUGCUCAGUUAUUGUGCAAGAGAAUGGAAAGGAGAGACGCCCCGUGCCAAGCUGAUGAGGAAGGCCUAUGAGGAGCUCCUUUGGAGGCAUCAUAUUAAAUGUGUGAGACAAGUGAAGAGGGAUAACUACAGCGCUCUGAGGUCAGUGCUGUUCCAGAUAUUCAGCCAGGGCCUGUCCUUGCCAUCCUGGAUGAAAGAGAAAGACAUCAUUAAGCUUCCUGAAAAACUGCUGUUUUCACAAGGUUGCAAUUGGAUUCAGCAGUACAGUUUUGGUCCUGAGAAAUAUACAGGUUCAAAUGUGUUUGGGAAAUUACGCAAAUGUGUGGAGUUACUGAAAACUCAGUGGACUGAAUUUAGUGGAAUUAAAGAUUUUCACAAGCGAGGAAGUAUGUGCAAUGUCCUUUUCUCUGAUGCCAUCCUGGAGUACAGGCUGUACGAAGCCGUCAAGUUCAUCAUGCUGUACCAAGUCACUGAGGUGUAUGAGCAGAUGAAGGCUGGCAACGCUGUCCCUGGCCUCUUCGGGCUGCUCUUCUCCAGGGAGACGUCCGCUGACCCCUUGAGCUUCAUGAUGAAUCACCUCAAUUCUGUCGGUGACACGUGCGGACUAGAGCAGAUCGACAUGUUUAUACUUGCAUACGCCCUUGAAGUCAAGAUAAAAGUAUUCAGACUGUUCAAGUUCAACUCCAGAGACUUCACAGUCUGCUACCCAGAGGAGUCUCGCCGGGAGUGGCCCGAGAUGGCCCUGCUCACUGAGAACGACCAUCACUAUGACAUUCCUGUCUUCUAAGUCAGCCUCGGCCGUGACAGAGGGCCCGCUGGCAAGGGGCGUGUCGCCCAGAAACCUCAGCUGGUGUUGCAGCGGCUGCAGGCGUCCCGGACUCCCCCUGGGGUCGCAGCUCGUGUGGCUUUGUCCAGCAGCCAUCCCCGACACGUGUGGUUUGUGGUUUGACCUUGGGGUUGGUCGUUUCCCCCGAAGGCAAGCCUUUGAGGGCACACGGGAGUUCAGGAUGGAUAAGGACAGGAUUAAAGAAGGCAAAAGAAAGCAAGUGAAGAAUAGCCGCUCGCCUUGAAAGGAGGAGUGUCUUGAACCUUUCUGUUGUGUAUGAAGAAAUCUCGAGCUGACCUUGAGUGAUCAUAAAUAUGACUUUAUUUCAUGAGCAUUACUUUCCCAGGAUAUUUGUUAUAUAUUAAUAUCUAGAAUCACUUGGUCAAGCUGUGUAUAUGUUUGUAUACUUAAGAAUACGUGUUUACGUAGGCACACAUGCCCACGUGCGGAGGUUCGUCUGCAUACAUUCACCUAGGCACACAAGUAGUCAUUACUUCCCGACGCUGUAUAGUUUGAUUUCUACAGUAGUGUUGCUGUUUUAUCUGAUGAGCUUAAUAUGUUCUAUUUUGAUAAAUAAAUUUUA